AUGAAUUGUUUGAUUCAAUUGGCUUCGUUGACUGGAGAUUGUAUGCCGGUUUCGGAUCAACAAAAAUGUAUCAAAUAUGUUUCGAUGUAUCUGUCGAAUUUGUUGGAAUUGUUUCAGCAAGGUAUUUAUUGAUUUGUGUAGCUGGAAAAAAUUAACCCAAAAAGCCUAUUUCAAAAACUUGACUGACAAUUUCCUAGAUCAAGAAAAAGCUACUAAGUUUCUCAGAAUAGUUGGUUUUAAUCCAAAUUCGAGCUGUAUUCUCAGCACACCGGAGUUUCUUUCAGCAGAUUGUUUAUCCCCAAUUUUCAAAUUUCUAAAAUCAAUUUCAGGUCCAUCUCCAACCGAAACCAAUCAUUUUUGCAUGAUCAUCAAUCGAUUAUUCCUUUAUCGACCACUUGUUUCAAUCAUGAAACAGGAAGCAGAAUUGAGAAAUCGAUUUUUCGGGUUUUUGAAGGAUUAUACGAUUCAUCUCACUGGACAGGCAAUGCAAAAAGCGAUUGUGAGCGAAUUUUUUUGUGUUGGAAAAUUGAGCGAGAAAAAUAUGAAAAAAAACAUUUAAAAAUUGCGAAGAACCCGAAAAAAGUUGAAAAUAAUUUAUUCCUUGAUAUUUCACACGUGACCUUUCUCAAAAUGUUUUUCAUUUGAAAAAAUUGUCAUUUUUUCUAUCAUUUCCGAAUAUUUGUCUCCCAAGAAAUGUCUACGAUCCAAAAUUUUAGGGACAAGCUGAACACGAUGAUCAUGCCUCACUUGUUCUACUCUACGAUGCUCUUGUUGUUUUGCUACGUGGAAGAUGGAGAACAUCGUUCGAGAAUCAAGAAGAAGCCGAUUUAAUUGGUAAAAAACCGGUUCCAAUUCAAAAUUUCCCCAGAUUUUCUCAAAAAAUGUUCAAAUAAUUUUCAGACAAUGAGCUUAUCAAAUGGCCAACUCUAAUGAUUAUUAAUGCAUUUAUGGUCAAUGUUUUGGCAUCGCCACAAGGAAAUCGACCGAAUUCUUUGGAUGAAGAUGAAGGCGAUGAAACGGAAGAUCGAAUUGUGAGAUUCAAGUUUUUUUUGUCCCUUAAAACGCUUUAUUUUUUCAGCUGUUCAAUGAUUUAUUCACUCCGCUAUCCUCAAUGAUUUGCUACAGUAUUCCUGAAUAUCUUGAAAUGAUGACAAUCAAUUUGCGAAAAUCAUUAAAUGAAUUUACACAAAUGGCGACAGGAGCCUCGGAUUCUUCUCGAUUGCCAAGUUGGCAAGAAGAUCAACACUGGUUGAUGUUGAUAUUGGCGAAUUCGGUGGUUGGUGAAGAAGUUGAUGGAGCAUGUCAUGUGGCGGGAGAUGUUUAUGAUAAUACACAUCAUCUUUUUCAAGAAGGCAGGAGUUUUUGGUGAGUUGAACCUUUUUCACAAAAUGCCUAACCUCAUUCAUUUUGCAGUCCGCAAAAGAAAAUGCAAUUUCUCCAAAUUUGCAUGGAAAAUCCCACCUCCGAUCGUGCACAAUUCUCGCAAGAAAUCGAUCCAUUCAUCCAACUUUUGGGUGAACUUCUAGCCUGGUCAGCUAUCGAACACGAAAUUUCAACGAAUCCCGUUUCACGAGAAAUGACUUCUCCAGAAUUGGCAAGAUCCACAUUUUUUGCACUCAAACGAUUUUUGAAUGCGGCCAGUAGUGUGACAGAAUAUGAGGUGAGCAUCUUGAAUUCUGAAUUAGCCUUGAAAUCUGGUAUGAAAGUGUGGGAAUUUUGUAGAGUAUUUAGAACUUCUGAGAAUCCCGUGAAUAUUGCCACGUGGAUUUUUCUAUUGGAUAGAAUUCAAGUGGAUUUUUUGAAAAGUUAUUUGAAUUUCAAAGUUUUUGACGCGAAAUUAUGAAUUCUGAAAUUUCGCCACGUGGUUUUUUGAGCCAAACAUUCUCAAAAUUUGAAAGUUACACACUUUCCUUUACCUUCUAACCUGUGUUGUGUGUUUUCACCCUAAUUUUUUCAAGAAAUGGAACUGUUAUCAGGGAUUACCUGAAAAUGGUCUACCACUCAUCCCGGAUGACGAGGAAUUUUCGAAGAUUCUUGUCCGAUUUGUUGUGAACAAAGUUCUAUCGGUUUUGUUGAAUUAUGGCGGAGAAGAGAGACUUUGUCAAGAUGCAAUUGAUUGUUUAUUGGGAUUGGUUGAAUCACGAGCUGCUGCAAUUGCAACUUCGCCCGAAUUAUUCGAAUAUUUGAAGAGUUUGGAUAUUUCGAAACUGCCGAAUCGAGCGAAUUUGAUGAAAGCGUUGGUUUUGAUCGGAGCUGCGGCGAAUGAUUUGGAUUUACAAGAGAAUAUGUUUAAAAUGGUAACUCUCAGAUUUUUUCUUUUCAAAAAAAAAUAUCAGAAUUUUUACUCAAAAAUUUAAAAUCUGGAAUUUUGGAGCUCAAAUCAAUUUUCAAAAAAAAUUAGAAUUAAAAAAUGUUGCUCUCAUUUUGAAACACCCCUAAUCCACCAAAAUUUUCAGAUUCUUGUUCCAUUAUCCGAUCAAUUUAUGGCAGCUUGUCAACUUGAAUCCUCCACAGCUAUUGAUUCACAAAUUGUUGAUUAUCUUCAAUGUUUCGAUGGUGUUGCAAUGGGAAGUCAAAGUCAUUCAGCAGCUGUUUUGUUUAGUGAGUUUGGCCAAUUUAUUAUCAGUAGACAAACUAUUUUUUCAGACUUCCUCUAUAAUAUAAUAUGUCAAUGUGUUCCACUUAUGCGAACUCGAUCACACAAUGAAAUAGUUGUCUCAUCAAUUCUCCAACUCUUAUUUGAUGUAACUACAAAAGUGUCAAUUUAUAUUGAUAAUGAAGAAGAAUCAAAUCGACUUUAUGCCACACUUUUGCAAAUAAUCGAUUGUUAUCGAGCUGAUCAAAUGAAACGAUUCAGUGGAAUGCAAAUUGAUGAUGAAGACAAAGCAUCUGAUUUGGUGCUUUUCAUCGAGAUUUUGUCCAAUAUUUUAUCCAAAGAUUUCUUGGCACUCGGAGAUGCGAAUUGCUCGACUGGCGCCAAAGUUGUGAUUGCAUCACUUGAAAUGUUGUUGACGAUUAUGAAUGAGAAAAUGUUGCAAAUGCCUGAAGUGGCUAUCAAAUUUUUCCGACUCAUUUUAUAUUUAGUCGAAUAUUCGCCUGAAGCUUUGACCGAGGUUUCGGAUGUUUUGAUGUCGUCGUUGUGUGAAUGUAUGAAGGUGAGUGAUUGAUUUUAGGACGGGUUUUGGGGAAAAAUUAACUGAAAACGUUUUUAUUAAAUCACUCCCAUCUUCUCCUCAAAAACAUCAUGUUUUCUUUUUUUCCGAACUCCCUCUACUCCCAAAAAUAUGCCGGAUAUUGUUAAUGUUCGAAAACCAAACACGAACCAAAAAACUCCAAUUUCCGCAAGCAUUUCCGGUAAACCUAACUAGAUAAUAAUAAAUUGAUCUUUGACAAAUUAAACUUUGAAACCGAAAAUCUGAAAUAUUUUUUAGCUCGGAAUGACGGGACAAUUUGGCUUGGAAAUCACAUCGACAUCUUUGGAAUCACUCACCGAAAUUGUUUUUCAUUUUGGCGGCGAGAAAAAUAAGCCUAGAUGUACUGUAAAUUUGGCACAACAAUUCAGAGCGAUGCUACCGGUAAUUAGGAUAAUUAGCUAAUUAGUCAAAUUCAAAUCAUUUUUUCUUUCAGACCGUUUUUGAGACUUGUUUGGAAAACACUUGUGAAACUAGUAUUUAUAGUGAAGCUUGUGCUGCGCUCUAUUCGAUUAUUGCGUUUGAAAAAGUGAGUUUGAAAAAUCGGAAUUGAUUUUUGUAAUCGUAAAUUUUCCCAGGGAUUCUUUGAUGAAUAUGUUGGUGAUUUAUUGUCCAAAAAAUCAAAUGAAGCGGCGAAACAAGUUUUGCAAGAAGCUUUUACAGAUUUGAUGAAAGAGCCGCCAAUUCCUGGAUUUCGACGGGGAAGGUAGGGUUUUUAUUUGAAAAUCAAAAUUUUUAACUAAUUUUUUUGAAAAAUCCCUUCCAACCCGGAAAACUCGAUUCUUGAUCUUAAUUUGUUCAUUUCAAGAUAAACAAGAAAUUUCUCAUUUUUAUAGGUUAUUAAAAGUUUUGGCCGAAAACCCCUGGUUUUCUUUUAUAGUUUUGUUUUGUUUUUCGAACAAAAAUUAAUUUCCCGGUUCUUUUGGGUGUACUGUAGAGGCUUUUCAAGAAAAAAAAACUGAACUAUGAUUUUGUUGUUGUUCAGAAAUCACUUUUUCUGUGGAAAAUUUUUAGCUGCUUAAAAAGUAGCUUAACAUAUUUUUUCAGUUUUUUUAGCAGGAGAUUGGGAUUUUUAUUUUGACAAUCUGGAAUUUUUGCUGUGGAGAAUUUGAAUUAUGAAAAAUAGGCCUGAAAUUUGCUUCCAAUCAGAUGUUUUCUUUGAUAUUUUUUAAACUCUCAAAGCUCAUUUCCCAAUUUUUUCUGCAAAAAACGUGACCUACUAUCAUUUUUAUCAUAAUUAAUUAAUUAAUAUACAUUUUUCUAUUUUUCAAAUAAAUUAUUCAAAAAGUUAUCUUUCACCUUUUUCACCCCUCAAUUUUUUCUUUUUCAGAAUUCAAUUCCGCGCAAAAAUGGAAGUUUUCCUCAACAAAAUUCAAGGAUUAUUAUCGUAUUGUUAA